UGGGGUGCUGUGUGUACAUUAAUGAGGGGGAAAAUAAACUUAAAUGAUUUUAGCAAAUGGCUGCAAUAUAACAAAGAGUGAAAAAUUUAAGAGGGUCUGAAUGCUUUCCAUACCCACUGUACAUAAAUACAUACAUACAUACAGUACAUACAUACAUAAUUUAUCUUCUUGCCUAUUUCUGUGCAGGUGCCAUUGUCAUUUGUGUGCCAUUUGUAGCUAUAAAGUUUUAAAGUUGCGGUGUUGAAUAAGUGAGCCUGUCCUCUACACCUUAAUAAGCUUACUGGGAGCGUUAGUACCAUAAGAUUAGAUGCAAAAGGAAACAGGAAAGUAGUAGCAUGGAAGAUUUAAAAUGGCAAUUUUAGAUCCAUGAUGAAGAGAGUAGAAUUCUCUUUCAUAUUAGAACAAAAAUCUCUUACAGUAGCAAUGGGCCUUUAUAUAAAAUCUGGAUUUAAUGAGUCUAAUGGCUCAUAAUUAAUAAAAAAAAAUUAUAAGACCAACAUUUAACCUGUGAACUUAAAGAGAAAAUGAACUUAAACUUUAAUGUGUAUUGCCCAUGUGCUGCUUAUUGGGGAAAAAAAUUGUGUGUGCCUGCUCUUUUUUUGUGUAAUGUGUAAGUAUUGUAUCUGAGUUUUCCUUCACAGCUUCCUGUCUGUAACCGUUGAGACUGCAAGGUGAUUGCCCUACCCAUUUCCUGCACUCGCGUGAGAAGCAUGAUUUAUAUAUACAGUGUAUAUAUACCCAUAUAUGUAUAUAUAUAUAAUGCAAGUAGCGUGCUAUGCAAAUAGCCCCCUUUUCUUUAUCCUCUAAACGAAACUCACUUGGGAACUACAGGUAGCAGUCAUAAAUGGAAAUGGCAGCAUUUAUACAUAAAGGAAUACCUUUAAGUUUGAUUGCUCCACGGUUCCUGCAUUCAAACUCCACUAGCCACACCUGGCCCUUUAGUGCUAUAGCAGAACUGAUCGACAAUGCUUAUGACCCAGAUGUUAGUGCAAAACAAUUCUGGAUUAAUAAAUCAAAUAUCAAACACCAGGACUGCCUCACCUUCACAGAUAAUGGAAAGGGCAUGGACUAUGAAAAGAUGCACAAAAUGCUCAGUUUUGGCUUCAGUGAUAAACAGACUCUAAGGGGGCAUGCUCCUGUGGGUCUGUAUGGUAAUGGAUUUAAAUCAGGCUCCAUGCGCUUGGGAAAGGAUGCCAUUGUGUUCUCCAAGAAAGAUAACACCAUGUGUGUGGGUUUCCUAUCACAGACUUACCUGGAGAAUAUAAAGGCACAGAAUGUCAUAGUACCUAUUGCCAUGUUUACCAAAACAGGACAGAAUGUCAGUGCUGUUGCAGAACAUGCAGACAGCCUUAAUGAGAUCCUGAGACAUUCUAUGUUUAACACUGAGGAAGAACUGCUGUCUGAAUUUGGGAUCAUUGCAUCAAGUGGAACCCGAAUCAUCAUCUGGAACCUAGUCAAAAGGUCUCCAAAAGAAUUAGAAUUUGACUUUAUAAAAGAUGACAUCCGGAUUCCCAUUGACAUGUACAAGGGCUCCAGGGAGGAGUACAGGCGGCAGGCAUGGGGUGACAUGCCAGUGCCUGAAAGUGAAUAUUCACUACGGGAAUAUUGUAGUAUCCUGUACCUAAACCCAAGAAUGGAUAUUAUCCUUCAAGGGCUGAAAGUGGAAAUUCAGGCUAUCACAGAAACUCUGUCAAACAUCUAUCAGUACACAUACAAACCUGCUUGUCUUAAAAAGGAAAUUACUGUCAACAUUGGAAUCAACACAAAGAGCAAAGAGCACUAUGGAUUGAUGAUGUAUCACAACAACCGUCUUAUCAAAGCCUAUGAGCGUGUCCCCUGUCAGCGCAAGGCCAACUGCAUAGGAGUGCGAGUUAUUGGGGUGAUAGAGUGUAACUAUCUCACGCCAAUUCACAACAAGCAAGACUUUGAUAGUACUGAAGAGUACAGGAAUACCUUGAUUGGUGUAGGUAAAAAAGUGGAGAAGUAUUCACAUGAAUUUAAAUAUUUAAUUGAACAAAAAACAGACUGCACUAAACCUUUUCAGGAUACUGAUGAGCAACACUUGAAGCUGAAACAGAAGAACAGCCAGCAGACUUCUACUGCUACACAUAAAAGAAAGAAGUCUCUGGAUUUGGGUAAUGAGAACCUAGGAAAGAAGAAAGUUAGAGGAAAAGGGAGCAUGGUGAAGAAGGAGGAGAGCGAUAUUUCCCAUUUCGGUUGUGAUGACAAGAAGAACUACAAAAUUAAGUAUUGGCAAGUCUUAGAGGCAAUAGGGCAUCUCCAAGAUAAGCUUAUAAAGCUCAGAAAAGAAUUAAAGAAAGAGGGAGUGGACACAAUGAUUGACAGUCUAAAAUAUAAUGGCAUGUUAUCAGACUGCUAUGAGAACAUGGGAAAAGAUUUGGAGGAAAUAAAGACAAAAAGUGAAAAUGUGGAGCUCAGUGUAAAAGAUGCAGCACCUUUAACAGAAGCAUCUAAACUAGGAGGAAACGAUUCACAAUUUCAAAUAUGGAGGCAUGAAACAGAGGACAAAUCAGGCCUCAAGGUAAAAGAACUCAAAGAAAGAUUGGCACAUCUCCUGGUCACCUUCUUCCCAGCUCUGGACCGUGAACAGGUCACCGAUGAGAUUCUGACUCAGGUUAUAGAUGUGAUCUCCCCUACAGAGACCAAGAAUAAAGGAAAAGAAUUUAAUCAGCAGGAGGCACAUUUACCACUUGGGAGUGAAGAAGAUGACAAAUGCUCAACAUCUACUCAGCCCACACACACCAGCCAUCAGGUCUCAGCAGUCACAGAUGUACUCCUUCCUGAAUCAGUUAAAUACAGUGCUGACAGUGGUGCAUACAGUUUUUUGUGUUCUCAUGCUGGUCGGUUUUACUGUAAAUUGACCAACCUUGUCUUUGAGAUGAAAGGGAGUGGGAAAGUGCUAUAUACAUUUGUGUCCUGGGAUAAGAGUCAGUUGCAGGGCAUGGGCCAGUUCCAGCCUGCAGGACCCCUGUACAACAUCACAUGCAUUGAAGAUUCAAUUCUUUAUUUGCACCUCCCACACUGUGAGAUACAUACUGAAAACAAUCAGAUAGAACUUGCUGUGGCACAUAUUACUGAUGAUAAUGUGGAGAUCCUUCAGCCCCUAAAAAUAACAAACACACAUGUGAUCUUAGAAGUCCCUGGUCUCUCCAUAUUUGGCUUGUUAAGAAAAUGGUUUUUUAAAGAACCCAUCAAUGCCCAAGUCCUUCUCUUCUACAAAGAAAAUAUUGGAACACAAAGGAAGAGAAAACUGCACAUUCACUUGUUGCCAGGAAAUGUGUCAGUUAAACAGGUGCAGCAGCAACAUCAGGGAAACACAUAUAUUCCAUGCAGCUCCAUAUGUCAACUGAUCCCUGGUAAAAAAUACAAACCACUCUGUAAGCCUUAUGUAUCCCAGCCAAAGGUUGAAACAUUUGGCUGUGACUUUGGCCCUAACUAUCACCCCACAUUUGAGGUGAUCCUUAAUACAGAGGUUGAAGACCUCACAUUGGGUCUUUUGGAUGAAACUGACAAGGAGGUGUGGGAGCCUCGUCAUGUUAUUCUUACAGCUGAUAAGAGAGAAGCAGAUGCAUCUGAAUUUAUUGAAGGUGCUGAAUUUCUAGAUAAACACAGUGAUAAGCUCAUACAGAGAGCUUCAUCAGUAAUGGAAAUAGCAGACACUCUAAAAACCAAAGAAAUCAUCUCAGACGAAAUGUACAGCGAAAUCGGGGCAGAAAAUACAAACCAGCACAAAAUGAGAAAAUUGUACGAAUUUCUCCAUUCAGCAGGAAAAACUGCAAAAGCAGAGUUCUAUGCUGUCCUUAAGGAGAAGCAGUCGUGUUUAGUGCAUGACCUGGAGAAUGAAUAAUGAAUGACAUAGAAUAUGCCUAGGUAUCUGUAGGACCUAAAUAAACUAUCUGCAGUAUAUUACAAUUUCAGCAUUUUGUUUAUUAUUUAUGUAAUAUUUUAUUCAACCAUGCUAUGAUUUCACAUAAAAACAAUGUUACAAUGAA